AUGUCUAGAAAGUUGCCUAGUGAAUCCGUCUCAGAGGAAGUCCCUCUCGACGUCUUCCCUACGAACUCCACACUGCCUAACAAUCCCUCACCCACCAGCAUUAGAGCACGUAACGGAGACCACCAAGAGCCUAACCGCGAUGAUGCAGAAGAUGAACCUAGGGUGAUCGUGUUUCCCGGCGCUCGUGUUGAUAUUGCCCCUAUUGAAGCACCGCAGCCUCCUGAUCACACCCUCCGGCGAAAGCUGGAAGGCAAGCAUAUUUUUAUGAUCGCUAUCAAUGGCACGCUUGGUACAGGUCUGUACGUCCGAAGCGGCCAGAUCCUCGAGCUUGGGGGGCCUGUCGCGGUCAUUAUGUCCUUCCUCUUCCUGGGCAUCUUGACUUGGGCGGUCAUGCAGUGCAUUGCUGAAAUGCUGUGUCUUUGGCCUAUACCGGGGGCACUCCCUGUGUUUGUCAGGAAGUUUGUGGAUAAAGAACUUGGCGACACCGUGGGUGUUGCAUACUGGUACACAUAUUCCAUCGGUUUCUCCGCUCUGAUUGCUACUUCCGCCAGUGUCCUAAAUUACUGGACUGCUGAUGUUGAUGGCUUCACUGAGGGGUUUGUCUUUGUUGCCCUUCCUGUGACACUCGUCAUCAUAAAUGUUGUCAGGGUUGAGAUCUACGGCUGGAUAGAGGUUGUAACUGGCGUCAUCAAGAUGGCAUUUCUGGCUAUAAUCAUAAUCUGCCUCGCCUACAUUAUCAUCAAUUCCGAUGUCAGCUCAAACUCGAGCUGGAGAGACCCUUUUACAUAUGAUACCGAUGCGGCUAAAGGGUGGUUCGAAGCUUUGAUGAUGUGUUUCUCAGUCGCUAUAUUUGCCUACGCAGGCAUCGAGAACUUUGCCGUUUCUGUUAUAGAAGCCCGAUGGCCACCACCACCUCCAACACCUGUAACAUCGACCGAUACACCACCGGCAACGCCAACCAACACACGAUACCGGUCCGUAAAGAGGACAUUAGGCUUCACCGCAUUCUAUCUACCAAUCAUUGUAGCAUUUGCCUACACAACUAGCGGACUCCUCGUCUCUUUGGGCAUCAAAAGAGACAACUGUGGCCUACAGAGACUCAGCUGGUUGGAAUCUAAAGAAUGUCCAAAGUCAGAUGACGAUAACAAAAAAGGCAAAUUCACUUUCUCGCCGUUUGUCAUUAUUGCGAGAAGCUCUGAGAUCUAUGGACUCCACAACGCUUUUAACGCUUUUAUCGUCUUCACUGCUUUGACAUGCGCAAACACCAACCUGUAUGUCGCAUCGAGGACUCUCUUCGGUGUCACGAGAAAUAUCCGGUCUGCCGAUGCCAUGCCAAGGGCCCUUUCCUGGUUUGGUGUGACGAAUAACAACGGAGUUCCCAUACGAGCCAUGACAUUCACUGCCCUCGCCUUCUGUUGGGUUCCCUUUCUCCAGAAGAAAGAGACGUUCAACACAGGUUCGGAUAUCGGAGAAUUUGUCGAGAUAUUAGUUCAGAUGGGUUCAGUCAGCAUCAUCAUUAUAUGGGCUUGUCUGUGUCUCGCAUAUAUCCGAUUCUACCAUUGUAUCCACAAGUUCGAUGAUGCCCUAGCCGAGGCAGGAAUCAAUCUAGCCAGACAUCGUCACAAACACGAGUACAGGUUUUACCCAUACCAAAGCCACUGGCAACCGCUCCUAGCCUACUUAGCCCUCGCCGGGUGUCUCGUUAUUCUCGUGGUAUUUAAUGGAGUGUUCCUGUGGAACAAGUUCGACGUCAUCCCAUUCUUGUCGGGCUAUCUGACGACUAUAGUCUUCAUCGCUGUUUGGUUGCUGCUCAAAGUUUACAAGAAGUCAUGGUCGCUUUGGGCUGGCCUUGAUGCUGCUGCUGUGGAGGAGCUGAUAAAGGAUUUGAAUGCGCUGCGAGAUAAAUCUCUGGAGCAACCUCCAAGGGUCUCCAGAUCUUUUUGGGUUUCUAUCAAGGGACUUUUUAAAAGUAACACACAGCCCAUUGAGCAGUGA